CUCAACAUCACAGGUUCUACACCGAGGUUUCAUCACGGAAAGCUUAAAGAUCAUGUAGAUUUUUCUGAGAGUGUGAGAUAUCAUUGGUCCCGUAUUUCAAUCUGUUUCAAGAGGAAAUUCACGCCAGUCGGUCAUUCAGAUAUAAUGUCCAUACAGUCCUCUUCCUCCACCAGCCCUGCCUUGUAAGUAGUGUAUCAUGUAAUCAUAACAACCGUUUUUCUGCCUUUAACUUGUUUUAUGUAUUCUGGUUGCAUUGGGUAUUGCUUCCCUGACAGACAAUUCUUAGAUUAAUUAGUUACAUCUCACUGGUGAAAAGUGAAAGAAAUCGUUUCAACUGUUGUACAAGAACAAACAAAACAUUGUAAUCCAUUGUCAUAACCUUGUUCCUGUUCCAGAUUGUUCUAUUUGUAUAACCCCAAUGUAUUGUUGAGGGCAUUUUAUUUAUUUUAUUUCACCUUUAUUUAACCAGGUAGGCAUACAGGGUAAUAUAGUCCUUCAUUAUGUAUUUCGAGUUAUUUGGGAACAUUGAUAUAUGAAAUAUGUGUUAUAUUACACAUCUAUACAUCCAUAAUGUGUUGUCAUUUCCAUAUUUGGAUAAUAAAUAAUAUGCUGAUGUAUACCACCACCCUCUCUAAAAGAUUAGACGCAACAGUGCAAGGGAUAGAGGAUGAUGGCAUUUUUUUCUACGUUGCUGGCAACUGAUUUUCAGAACUGAAGCAAUAGAGGUCGGGUAACUACUGUUUUUUUUCUCUCCAGCAUAACCCGAAUAACGGAAAGAUAGAUGAAAGAGGCAUGCGCAAUGUAAAGAUAACUUUUUCGAGACGCCAUUGCAUGUGAGAUUGUAGUUUGAAGAUUUAUCCUCACCGAUAGAAACCCAAAGUACCAAAUAGGUAAUAGAACUUCAAGCCCCAGGAACCGUUCUCUCCUCCUUUUCUCUCAGAAACAGUGGGAGUAGUCACAGCUGGGAGGAUAAUAAGAUGCGCAUGAAUCUGGCAACCACGAAUAGACGACAAGAGAAAGUUUCAAAAAGUAGAGAGCUCGGCUGUGAGUCUUAGCACGCUUUUAGACAGUCCUGCUAAUGCAUAUGUUACAUUGUUGCUCAUUUGUAUGAUUUAGCGAAAAGGCGAAUGAGCUUGAAUAUUUUUUCUGUGAUUCGAUUGUUGGAGUUUUUGGAGAAGUUCCUGCUGUCCACUGGCCAUGAAUCCAACGACGUCUUUUGAAGAAAGUGGAGGUAAGUAGGCCAAUGAUGUGUUAGACAUAUUUUAUGGACGAUUGGAAUAUUUAGGGUAAUUCAUAGGAUAAUGAAGAAUAUUUCAACAAGCUUUUAUUAUGCAAAACAGGUCUUGUAUAACUUGUGUUGCUGGCAUUCGUGGACAUGAGGUCGUCUUCUGCCAGCAAUUCAAUCGAAAGUGGGAUGGUCCAGAUGUUGAGAAGCCUUGAUUCCAGAUGUUGGUUGUGCAUGAUGAAUAGAUAAAUAGAAAACAUUCCGUAAUGUAUGGUAAACUACACCAUGUCUCUAAUUUGUCUGAUGAAGUUAUUGAACAUGAUGCAUUGUUUGUACUUGGUUACAAUAUAAUCGAAGUUUACAAUUACAAUUAUUUGAUGUGUUUAUUGUAUCCAAACCUGAUCAUGUUUAUUCCUCAUGAAUUGCAUCACUUAUUGUUAGUGCAUAGCCUACUCCGAAAGUGUAAACAGCUUUGAGGUCAUGAUUUGUUUCGCUGAUUUUUUUCAGUUUGGUCAAAUCUACUACAUCUACAAACCUAAACAUAUUCUAUUCUACCACCAUUAAAUGUACUGUAUCUGUUUUGUGACAGGUUUCCUGUGGCCAGGGCAGAUAUGUGACUCUAGUACUGUGAGGGGACACCAUUCAAGAACAUGAAGUUUGGAAUGGUGACCGCCUCUUGCAGUGAGCGUUGGGGAAUCAAUCUCGAACGACUAGAGCAUCCACAGUAUCUCAGCAGUGCAAACUGCACACAUCUCAUGCCCUAGAGAGAGAGCUGAGGCCAUUUAGUGGAAUCAUCAGGCUUUGUCUGUGAAUUGAUUGCCAGGCAUGUGAGCAGUCAGUGGGGAUGAACGUUUGACUAUUGCUAUUGGCUAACACUGCUCAUGAUACUUUGAAGACCUUGCAUUUCAUAUCUCCUAGAAUGAGGAUUGAAUGUUUCUUCAGACUGGUGUAUGUUCUUAGUAGUUCGGUGCCUGAUUUAAAAAGGCAUCACUGACGGUUACAAUACUUUACAUUUUGCAUCAUCAUCUCUGCCAUUGGAAGAAACCCAAUGUCUGCCUGCAGCAGCUCAGCUCCUCCGUCCUUUCCCAAAGCCUACCUCCACUCACAAAUCCCAGCUGUGCCUCUGACCCCCUCACCAUCGCCGAGCCCCCCGGGACCCCUCUACAGCCGCCUGUCCAACGGGAGUCACGGGAGUCACACUCACAGCGCUCCCAGCCCCACUAACUCCCGCAGCUCCUUCCAUGGAGUGUCCUUCCUCCUCCAGAUUGGCCUGACCAGAGAGAUGGUGAACCUGGAGAACCAUGACCUGUCGCUGUCUGCUGUCAAAGACCUGGUCUGCUCUAUAGUCGACCAAAAGUUCCCAGAGUGUGGCUUCUUUGGCAUGUAUGACAAAAUCCUGCUCUUCCGCCAUGACUUGAACUCUGAGAACAUCCUCCAGAGGCUGACGUCAGCAGAGGAUAUCCACGAGGGAGAUCUGAUAGAGGUGGUGCUCUCUGCUUUAGCCACAGUAGGGGACUUCCAGAUCCGGCCUCAUGCUCUAUAUGUCCACUCCUACAAAGCGCCCACCUUCUGUGACUACUGUGGGGAGAUGCUAUGGGGCCUCGUCCGCCAGGGGCUCAAAUGUGAAGGUUGUGGGCUGAACUACCACAAGCGCUGUGUCUUCAAGAUCCCCAACAACUGCAGUGGGGUGAGGAAGAGACGUCUGUCCAACGUGUCCCCGCCGGGCCCCUCGCUCUCAGUCCCCCGGCCCCUCCCUGGUCCCACAGAACAUGCUGUGGUCGUCCUGGAGGAGCAGCGCUCCCACCAGGAGGCAGGGAAGAGGAUCCUGUCGUGGAGUGGCCGGCCCAUCUGGAUGGAGAAGAUGGUGCUGGGGCGAGUCAAGGUGCCUCACACCUUCGCCAUCCACACCUACACCCGGCCAACCAUUUGUCAGUACUGCAAACGUCUGCUCAAGGGCCUGUUCCGCCAGGGCAUGCAGUGCAAAGAUUGUAAAUUCAAUUGCCAUAAGCGGUGUGCAUCAAAGGUACCAAGAGACUGCUUGGGCGAGGUUUCCUUCAAUGGAGAGCCUGCCAGCCCAGGGCCUGACUCUGACAGUACCAUGGAGGUGGAUAGUAGUGAUGUGGAGAGCACCAGAGGACUACUGGAUGACUCUGAGGAACCUUCAACCCCAGAACACAAGAUGUUCUACAUAGACUCUCCUUUCCUGGACCGCGAGAAGGACGAGGAGCCCAUCAAGACCAUCAGCCCAUCCACCAGCAGUAACAUCCCUCUGAUGCGGGUGGUCCAGUCCAUCAAACAGACCAAGAGGAGGAGCUCCACCAUGGUGAGGGAGGGCUGGAUGGUCCACUACACCAGCAGAGACAACCUGAGGAAGAGACACUACUGGAGACUGGACACCAAGAGCCUCAGCCUGUUCCAGAACGACACUGGAGCCAAGUUUUAUAAGGAGAUCCCUCUCUCAGAGAUCCUGCAGGUGGAACAGUCGAGGGACCUCAGUAGCCUAGCCCAGGGCAGCAACCCACACUGCUUUGAAAUCAUCACCUCCACCAUGGUCUACUACGUUGGAGAGAACAACGGGGGCCAAUACCACAGCCCCGCUCUGACAGCCUCAGGCGUGGGAAUGGAGGUGGCCCAGGGCUGGGAGAAGGCCAUCCGUCAGGCCCUGAUGCCUGCCACACCCCAGCCCAGUGUGGCCACCGCAGCCAGGCAGGGGAAGGACCACAAACAAGAGGUGUCUAUCAGCAUAUCUGUGUCCAACUGCCAGAUACAGGAGAAUGUGGACAUCAGCUCUGUGUACCAGAUCUUCUCUGAUGAGGUGCUAGGAUCUGGACAGUUUGGGAUUGUGUAUGGAGGGAAACACAGAAAGACUGGAAGAGAUGUGGCAAUCAAGGUGAUUGACAAGAUGAGGUUUCCUACCAAGCAGGAGAGCCAACUGAGGAACGAAGUGGCCAUUCUCCAGAACCUUCACCAUCCUGGUAUCGUCAAUCUGGAGUGUAUGUUCGAGACGCCUGAGAGGGUGUUUGUUGUCAUGGAGAAACUCCAUGGAGACAUGCUGGAGAUGAUCCUGUCCAGUGAGAAGAGCAAGCUCCCAGAACGCAUCACCAAGUUCCUGGUCACACAGAUCCUGGUGGCUUUGAGACAUCUGCAUUUCAAGAACAUCGUCCACUGUGAUUUGAAGCCCGAGAACGUGCUGCUGGCCUCAGCAGAACCCUUCCCACAGGUUAAACUGUGUGACUUUGGCUUUGCCCGUAUCAUCGGUGAGAAGUCGUUCAGGCGUUCGGUGGUGGGUACCCCGGCCUACCUGGCCCCAGAGGUGCUGCGUAGUAAGGGCUACAACCGCUCCCUGGACAUGUGGUCUGUGGGGGUCAUCGUUUACGUCAGCCUCAGCGGGACAUUCCCCUUCAACGAGGACGAGGACAUUAACGACCAGAUCCAGAACGCUGCCUUCAUGUACCCACCCCAGCCAUGGAAGGAGAUCUCUGCAGACGCUACAGAUCUCAUUAACAACCUCCUACAAGUGAAGAUGAGGAAGCGGUACAGUGUGGACAAGUCCCUCAGCCAUCCUUGGCUACAGGACUACCAGACGUGGCUGGACCUCAGGGAGUUUGAGACACGGCGUGGCGAGCGUUACAUCACCCACGAGAGUGACGAUGUGCGCUGGGAGGAGCAUGCAGACGAGCAUAGCCUGGUCCACCCUAAACACUUCAUUAUGGCGCCCAACCUGGACGAUAUGGAGGAGGGGCCCUAGUGGCCAGGAGGCCAGGUUACAGGUGUGGCCAAGAGGAAAACAUCAGUAACCUCUGCAGGUUGUUGACCUUUGGAAGCAUUCCCUCUAAAACUGGUUGGGAAAGGGUCAGACACCCCUGUGCAGGGACUGUGUGACAGGGGAUUCUGACCCAAGACUCUGUGGUUAGACAUACUGCCACAGGGAGCAGACAGGUGGCCCUGUUUCUAUAGGACACCGCAGUGGAACCAAAAACUUUGGGAGAAAGACAUUUCUUUUUUAAUUUUCUUUUUUUCUUAUCUUGUAGAAUCAUUCCAGCUCAACGUCAUUGGUCCUUUUGGGAAAAGCAUCAUUAUUAUAAACCAAAGGACAAUUAAAGUUGAAGGGAUAUAAUUUCCUUAACAUUAGGAGUGAGGAAUGGUAUGCCAUUCUACCUGUGAAGGGCUUACAGAUUAGUGAGUUUAAAGGGCACUUAUCACAAGGGAUUUGUAUCCACAGAAAGAUUGGAAUGCGUAGGUAUUUGCAAACACAACUUUGUGCUUAUUCCAAGACAGUUUUGAAACCAUGUCCUUUGACAGUAUGAAACUGGAGCUAUCAUUUGCAUGUAGAUGUUGUACUUUACUAAUGGGAGGUAGAUUUUUGCACUAUGCUACCAUCAAGUCCAACCAUUUGAAAAGUUAAAGCUGCUACAUCAGGUUCCCUAGAGAGAAUGACAGAAUGACAGAAAAUGUUGACUACAACAUAACUUAAAGUUUGUGCUAAGAGCUUGAUACAGUAAUGCCUAGGUGAGUAGCAUAGAGAUUGUGAAAAUGGCUACAAUGCAAAGCCUUUAGUAGAGCACCUGUCAUAAACAGUGAGCAAGUAAAUCAAAAGGCACAGGGACCAAAGACUGAAUCCAGCUAAUUGAUAUUAUUCAUCUUCAAUUUCCAUGUCUUCUCAUGACCAAUAACUCAUGUGUUUUUCUAAUGGCUGUAUUAUCAUUGUGGUUCACUCUACUUCGUUGUCUAGAAAGUGGCUUGACUAUUGUACAUUCCAAGCAGGGUUCGAGCCAAACCUGGUGAUGGGGCCACUACCCCUCAAGGUAUUACAGUAGCUAUCUACAGUUGAAGUCGGAAGUUUACAUACACUGAGGUUGGAGUCAUUGAAACUUGUUUUUCAACCACUCCACAAAUUUCUUGUUAACAAACUAUAAUUUUGGCAAGUCGGUUAGGACACCUACUUUGUGCAUGAUACAAGUAAUUUUUCCAGCAAUUGUUUACAGACAGAUUAUUUCACUUAUAAUUCACUGUAUCACAAUUCCAGUGGGUCAGAAGUUUACAUACACUAAGUUGACUGUGCCUUUAAACAGCUUGGAAAAUUAUGUCAUGGCUUUAGAAGCUUCUGAUAGGCUAAUUGACAUAAUUUGUGUCAAUUGGAGGUGUACCUGUGGGUGUAUUUCAAGGCCUACCUUCAAACUCAGUGCCUCUGCUUGACAUCAUGUUGAAAAUCAAAAGAAAUCAGCAAAGACCCCAGAAAAUAAAAUUGUAGACCUCCACAAGUCUGGUUCAUUCUUGGGAGCAAUUUACAAACGCCUGAAGGUACCACAUUCAUUUGUACAAACAAUAGUACGCAAGUAUAAACACCAUGGGACCACGCAGCCGUCACACCGCUCCUAGAGAUUAACGUACUUUGGUGUGAAAAUUACAAAUCAGUCCCAGAACAACAGCAAAGGACCGUGUGAAGAUGCUGGAGGGAACAGGUACAAUAGUAUCUAUAUCCACAGUAAAACGAGUCCUAUAUCGACAUAACCUUAAAGGCCGCUCAGCAAGGAAGAAGCCACUGCUCCAAAACCUCCAUAAAAAAGCCAGACUAUGGUUUGCAACUGCACAUGGGGACAAAGAUUGUACUUUUUGGAGAAAUGUACUCUAGUCUGAUGAAACAAAACUGUUUGGCCAUAAUGACCAUCGUUAUGUUUGGAGGAAAAAGGGGGAGGCUUGCAAGCUGAAGAAAACCAUCCCAACCGUGAAGCACAGGGGUGGCAGCAUCAUGUUGUGGGGGUGCUUUCCUGCAGGAGGGACUGGUGCACUUCACAAAAUAGAUGGCAUCACGAGGUGGAAAAUGUGGAUGUGGAUAUAUUGAAGCAACAUCUCAAGACAUCAGUCAGGAAGUUAAAGCUUGGUCGUAAAUGGGUCUUCCAAAUGGACAAUGACCACAAGCAUACUUCCAAAGUUGUGGCAAAAUGGCUUAACUUCUUAUGGAUAGGGGGCAGCAUUUUCACGUUUGGUUGAAAAGCGUGCCCAGAGUAAACUACCUCCUACUCAGUCCCAGAUGCUAAUAUAUGCAUAUCAUUAGUAGUAUUGGAUAGAAAACACUCUGAAGUUUCUAAAACUGUUUGAAUGAUGUCUGUGAGUAUAACAUAACUCAUAUGGCAGGCAAAAACCUGAGAAAAAUCCAACCAGGAAAAAUCCUGAGGUUUGUAGGUUUUCAACUCAGCCCCUAUUGAAUAUACAGUGGGAUAUGGGUCAUCUUGCACUUCCUAAGGCUAGCACUAGAUGUGGCUUCCACUGAACGUUGUUUCAGGCGUCUACUGUGAAGGGGGGCUGAAUGAGAGGGGAAUGAGUCAGAGGUCUGCCAGAAGCCUCGGUCUUGUGACGAGCGGUCAUGAGAAAGUUACCUCUCUUUCCAUUGCUUUUCUACAGACAAAUUAAUUCUCCGGUUGGGACAUUUAUUGAACAUUUAUGAUAAAAACAUCCUAAAGAUUGAUUCAAUACAUCGUUUGAUUUGUUUCUACGACCAGUAAUAUAACUUUUUGGAAUUUUCUUCCGACAUUUCCGCUGGACUUGCCCGCGCCUCGUGAGUUUCGAUUUGUUUACUAAACGCCCCAACAAAAGGAGAAAUUUGGACAUAAAUGAUGGAACAAAUCAAACAUUUAUUGUGGAACUGGGAUUCCUGCGAGUGUAUUCUGACGAAGAUCAUCAAAGGUAAGUGGAUAUUUAUAAUGCUAUUUCUGACUUAUGUUGACUCCAACAUGGCGGAUAUAUUCUUGGGUUGUGUAUGUCGUCUGAGCACCGUACUCAGAUUAUUGCAUGGUUUGCUUUUUCCGUAAAGUUUUUUUAAAAUCUGACACAGCGGUUGCAUUAAGGAGAAGUAUAUCUUUAAAUCUGUGAAUAACACUUGUAUCUUUUAUUUAUGUUUAUUAUGAGCAUUUCUGUGAUUUGAUGUGUCUCUGUGCAAAUUCACGGGAUGUUUUGUAGGCAAAGCCAAAUGUAAACUGAGGUUUUUGGAUAUAAAUAUGAACUUGAUCGAACAAAACAUACAUGUAUUGUGUAACAUGUUGUCCCGGGAGUGUCAUCUGAUGAAGAAUAUCAAAGGUUAGUGAUUCAUUUUAUCAAUAUUUCUGCUUUUUGUGACUCCUCUCUUUGCUUGGAAAAUCACUGUAUGCUUUCUGUGACUAGUUGCUGACCUAACAUAAUGAUAUGUUCUGUUUUCGCCGAAGAGUUUUUUUGAAAUCAGACACUGGUUGGAUUAACAAGAAUUGUAUCAUUAAAAUGGUGCCUAAUACUUGUAUGUUUGAGAAAAUUGAAUUAUGAGAUUUCUGUUGACGGAAUUUGGCGCCCUGCAAUUUCAUUGGCUGUUGGCGAGCGGAACCCCAGUCCUAGACAGGUUAAGGACAACAAAGUCAAGGUAUUGGAGUGGCCAUCACAAAGCCCUGACCUCAAUCCCAUCAAAAACUUGUGUGCAGAACUGAAAAAGUGGGUGUGAGCAAUGAGGCCUACAAACCUGACUCGGUUACACCAGCUCUGUCAGGAGGAAUGGGUCAAAAUUCACCCAACUUAUUGUGGGAAGCUUGAGGAAGGCUACCCAAAACGUUUUACCCUCGUUAAACAAUUUAAAGGCAAUGCUACCAAAUAAUAAUUGAGUGUGUGUAAACUUCUGACCCACUGGGAAUGUGAUGAAAUAAAUAAAAGCUGAAAUAAAUAAUUCUCUCUACUAUUAUUCUGACAUUUCACAUUCUUAAAAUAAAAUGGUGAUCCUAACUGACCUAAGACAGGGAUUUUUUUACUUGUAUUAAAUGUCAGGAAUUGUGAAAAACUGAGUUUAAAUGUAUUUGGCUAUGGUGUAUGUAAACUUCCGACUUCAACUGUAUGUGAAAGAGGCUUGGUUAUACCAACAACAAUGAUCUCAAUACAGGAGCUCAUCAUGGGACCAAGCCUUCAUUACAAGGGCUCCAUAUUGGCAUGAUGAACGCUUAUACCAAGCAUGGGUUCAAGGUAUACACCAUUGCCCUAUUUUUUUCAUUUGAAUUAGUGAAGCAAAUUGAGAGACGAGAAACAUAUUUUACUCUUUGGUGAGUGUCUGACAGUGUAUGGAAAGAAUAGCCUAUACAAAACAUAUUUGUACUGUGUUUUUCUACCAAAUGUUCAAGAUUGUUUCAUUUCUUUACUUUAGUUUAUUUUGAAUAUCACAGUUAAAACACCCUUACUUCUGGAAUAUUUAAAGUGCACUGGGCUGUUCGUGUCUCUAACAUUCCUGUACUGCUUUUAAGUACUGUAUGUGUCCUCCAAGGUUACCAAAAGAUGUUACACCUAACAUUCGGUUAUGAUGACCAAUAACUACAUUUCAAUGCCUGUGUCCAUUUCAAACAGUCCCUAGACAAACAUGUAGCCUAAAGCCUAUGGUGUUGGAAUGGGUUCAGGCCCUAACAGCGUUAUUUUGGGAGAAUGUAGGUGGAUCUUUUCCCCAUUCUCCUGUUCCUGUCCGUGUUGCCGCUGGAUUGGCAGGUGUCAGUGUUUUUGUAUAUUUUAGUACAUACAAAGGUAAUAAAAAAAACUCUACUUCUUUUA